GUCUUUAUUUAAUGAAUAAUCCACUUCAUUGUACAUGUGAUUUAUUUUAUUUAAAAUAUGGAGAUAUUUAUCGUCUUUUAUCAAAUAAUAAAAAUGAAAUUGAUAAUGAACAAUAUGCUAAUAUUGAUAUAUAUCUUAAUCGUUGGGUAUCAAAACUUGAACUUCGUCGACAUUUAGAAAAAGCACAUGAACGUGGUGAUUUUUAUCGUUUUCCAAUUGAACUAUCAUCAUUUGCUCGAUGUGCGACACCAAAAAAAUGGCAUAAAUAUGAAAUAAAUAAUAUAACAGGAAUAUAUAAACAAUGUCGACAUCGAUGGUUAGCUAUUGAACAUGACUGUCAAAAUUAUUGUCAAGUACAAAAUCAUAAGGAAAUAUCGUUAACAACCAUUCGUUCGAUUUCAUCCAGAUUUAUUCAUUGUGAUUAUUCAUCUUAUUCGAUCAUUAAUUUUUCUUUAUUGUUAAUUUGGUUUUUCUAUCACCGGUGA